CGCUGCAGUCAAGAGAAACGCAGCGAAGAGAAACACUAACAGACCAGCGUGUGUUUACAUUAAAACUUCAUUACAGAAGAAAACAAGUGAUAGGUUUGAUUUCACAAGCGUUUCCUCAGGUUAUGGUUUCAUUCUCAGCUGUCUCAUCAUGGAUCUAGUGCAGUUUUAUCACCCGGAAUCGUUUUCCUUCCCUUCUGAACAGAACAACUUCCUGGACCUGAUGUCAAUCAGCAGCCACUACAUCAAGACCGAACCCUCAAGCCCUUCGUCCCUGUCGGACAGUCUGACCCAGCACAGUCCCGGGGCGUCAUCGGACGCUGGGAGCAGCUUCAGUUCAAUAACUAAAGGGAACCCAACGGGUCUGGAGUCGCCUGGGUCAUACACUGGGGUCAAGGCAGUCCUCAAGCCCCCUGGCGCCCCCUGCAGUCUCAUGGAGGAAGCGAAGGUGAAGAGCACACACGGGCUCAGCUCAGGCCCCAAACGCCUGUGUCUCGUGUGUGGAGACGUUGGAUCUGGGUUCCACUAUGGAGUGGCGUCCUGUGAGGCCUGCAAAGCCUUCUUCAAACGCACCAUUCAAGGUAAUAUCGAGUACAGUUGUUCGGUCAGCAGAGAUUGUGAGAUCACUAAAAGGAGGAGAAAGUCCUGUCAGGCCUGCCGCUUCACCAAGUGUCUGUCUGUGGGAAUGCUGAGAGAAGGUGUGCGUUUGGACCGGGUGCGAGGAGGACGGCAGAAAUAUAAGAGGAGAACUGACUCUGAUUCCAGCGUGUACCUCAGCGUACCUCCACCUCACAGAAAACCCCCGUCCUGCAGCAUUCAGGGGGAGAAUCAGGUGGUGAGCCUCCUGUUGGGGGCGGAGCCCGAGCGAGUGUGUGCCAUGCCUGACCCUGCGCUCCCCGACAGUGACAUCAAAGCUCUGACGACCCUGUGUGACCUCGCCGACAGAGAGCUCGUGUUGAACAUCAGCUGGGCCAAACACAUACCAGGUUUCUCCAGCCUCUCUCUGUCCGAUCAGAUGAGUCUCCUGCAGAGCGCCUGGAUGGAGAUUCUCAUCCUGCGAGUGGCUUUCAGCUCGCUGCCCUGCGAUGACAAGCUGGUGUUUGCGGAGGAUUACAUCAUGGAUGCUGAACAGGCGAAGUCAGCAGGUCUGCUGGAGCUCCACAUGGCCAUAUUACAGCUGGUGCGCAGGUACAGAUCCAUGAGGCUGGAGAGAGAAGAGUUCGUCACUCUGAAAGCCAUCGCUCUCGCCAACUCAGACUCGAUGCAUAUAGAGGACAUUGAGGCCGUUCAGGGUCUUCAGGACUCUCUCCAUGAGGCUCUUCUGGAUUACGAGUGUGUCCAUCACAGGGAGGACCCUCGACGGGCGGGCAAACUCAUCAUGACCCUUCCGCUCCUCCGCCAAACCUCUGCCAAAGCCGUGCGCCGCUUCUUCAGCAUCAAACAGGACGGACGCGUCCCCAUGCACAAACUCUUUCUGGAACUUCUGGAGGCCAAUGUCUGAUCCUUAACCCGACUGGACCUUCAAACUAAGACGGCAGAAACGUCUGAAAGAGGAUCGUUCACAAAUCCAUGGGGAAAAACAGGUGCUUGUCAUGACGUAUAAAAAUAGUACAGGAUAUACUCCAACAAAUACAGUUUCACAUAGUUGAGGAUUGAUUUAACUAACAAAAAAGAAGUAUACACUACUGUGUUAAAAUUUGUUGUUAAUUUUUUUAGCCUUUCUAUUCAUCAAAAGAUCCUGAAAAAUACAUCAGUUUCCAACUGUUUUCAACAUUGAUAAUAAUCAGAAAUGUUUCUUGAGCAGCAAAUCAUCAUAUUAGAUUGAUUUCUGAAG